GAUGUUUUAGUUGAAGAGAAAUCAAGAUUGGGUUCGAUGCCACCAAGUUGUUACAACAAAUGUAAUCAAUGCCAUCCAUGUAGGGCAAUUCAGGUACCAAGUCUACCGAGUAAUAAUGGUGUCAAACCAAGAGGUGGUGUGGCUCGAACCCAAGCUAGGUCCAUGCACCACACCACUAGAGAAUCAUCAAUUCCACAUGCGGGAGCUAGCAGGUAUUCGAAUUACAAGCCACUUGGAUGGAAAUGUAGAUGUGGAGGUCACUUCUACAAUCCAUAGCUCAAAAGUAUCUAAAUUUAUUUAAAAUGAGUCAAUAGAACAACAAUUGAAAUGCCCCUUUUUAUAUUAUAUUAAUAGGGAGAGUAAACAUAUGGUCGAAAAAUUCCUUGAGAUUUGUAAAAAUUAGAGAAAGUCAAGUCAAGGCAAGACAUUAAAUGAGGUUGUUAUAAGUAGUAUUUACUAUGGUUGUACAUAUUCAUAAUUAAAAAGUGAUUGAUUGGUAUGGUGUUGAUAUAAAUGUAGUGAGGUAGGUUUUGGAUGUAUGGAUCUUGUUAAAUUAUUUGCAUAUUUCUUGUCUCAAUUUAUAUAAUACGAGUUAAAUGA